UCCGGUGCCGUAGGGGGCGGCAGAGCAGCGCGUCGCUUCCUGUGAAGCCCGAUAGUCACAACAAGAGGAGGAAGAGGAAAAAACGACAGCUCCGGACCGUCGUCGACUGCCUUGCGUGACAACACAAGGAUCGCGUUCCGGGCUUUCAGGUAGCUCCGAUUUCACCUGCAGCAUGUCUGACUUACUGAGAUAUAUUGACUAUGAUCACAAAGCCACCUUUCUGAAGAUGCUCAACCAGCAGAGGAUGGAAGGCGAGCACUGUGACGUGGUGGUGGUGGUGGAGAACAUCGAGUUCAGGGCUCACCGCUGCGUCUUGGCGGCCUGCAGCAACUACUUCAAAAAGCUCUUUAAGAAACAGAGCGAAGAGGACAACUCCAUCGUGGAGCUGGACUUCAUCCGCUCGGACAUCUUCGAGGAGGUGCUCAACUACAUGUACACAGCCAGGCUCGCCGUGAGGAAGAAGGACAUCAACAUGAUGAUGUCGUCCGGCCAGAUCCUGGGCAUCAACUUCUUGGAUAACCUGUGCACCCAGAAACGGGAGCUGACCAACAUGAAGACGCGGGAGAACCAGGCUCCGGGGACCACGGGGCUGCGAGCUCAGGACGCCAUCCUGAAGGAGCUGGCCAUGGAGGAGGUGCGGAAGAACAGCUUCUACGACCAGGGGAUGGAGGGGAUGGGGCCCGGCGGUUCUCACGUGUCUCAGCCGCACAACUACAACACCAACAUGGGCAAGGACCCCCACAGCCACGGCUGGGGCUCCUCGUCCACCAGCGACAUGAAGCUGGAGUACCUGCUGUACGGCCACCGCGACCACGGCUCCUGCCAGGGCGCCGGCGCCAAAACCCUGGAUCACAACGCCAAAAAGGAGCGCCUGCUCACCGCCAACCGGCCCUACGCCUGCGAGCACUGCCCCAAAGCCUUCACCACCGCCGCCCACCUCAAGGAGCACCUAAAGAUCCACUCCGGCUUCAAGCCCCACCGCUGCGUGGUGUGCGGCAAGGCCUUCAUCCGGGGGCCCGACCUGAAGCGGCACGAGCGGGUCCACAGCAACGAGCGGCCGUUCGGGUGCCAGAUAUGCGAAAAGGCCUUCAAGCACAAGUCCCACCUGAAGGACCACGAGCGGCAGCACCGGGGCGAGCGGCCGUUCAACUGCGGCUCCUGCGAAAAGGCCUUCAUCAAGGCGUCGGACCUGAAGCGCCACUGGAACACCAUGCACAGCGGCAACCCCCGCAGACAGAUGUCCCUGUCCCCCGCCGCCUCCCAGCACGGCCAGGCGGAGGCCGCCGACCAGAGAGACUGGAAAUUGGAGACCGGGCCACAUUCGCAUAACUCGGGGGACUGCUGAGCGCCGGCGGACGCGCCGGGUCUCGGGCGCGCUGGUGGUCCGCAUACAUCCACAGCAUUCAUUUAAAACUAAA